GCGUGCGCGUGAAGCUCCACGCCGCCGCCGAGCCCGCCCGCCGCACGGUGCACCCUGGCAGUCAGUGGGUGAGCCGCAAGUCGCGGAGGUCACCGUGGGGAGGUGGGGCGUGGGCAGCAUGGCAGCCUCCUUACGGUUCCGUGGAGCCGCCUCCGGCCUCCGGUACUGGAGCCGCCGGCAGCAGCCGGCCGUGGCCAGCCUUGCAGCGGAUGCUUUUACACAUGUGGAGUCUGCACAGACCAGGUCAAUGGCUUCUAAGACUCCAGUUGGAUUCAUUGGAGUAGGCAACAUGGGGAAUCCAAUGGCAAGAAAUCUCAUGAAACAUGGCUAUCCACUCAUUAUUUAUGAUGUGUUCCCUGACGCAUGCAAAGAAUUUCUAGAUGCAGGUGAACAGGUAGUGUCUUCCCCAGCAGAUGUAGCAGAAAAAGCUGACAGAAUCAUUACAAUGUUGCCCACCAGUCUCAAUGCCAUAGAAGCUUAUUCUGGAGCAAAUGGAAUUCUAAAAAAAGUGAAGAAAGGCUCACUAUUAAUAGAUUCCAGUACUAUUGAUCCUAUGGUUUCGAAAGAAUUGGCCAAAGAAGUUGAGAAAAUGGGAGCAGUUUUCAUGGAUGCCCCUGUUUCUGGUGGUGUGGGAGCUGCUCGGGCUGGGAACCUCACAUUUAUGGUAGGAGGAGUCGAAGAAGAAUUUGCUGCUGCCCAAGAGUUGCUGGGGUGCAUGGGCUCCAAUGUCAUGUAUUGUGGAGCUGUUGGGACUGGGCAGGCUGCGAAGAUCUGCAACAACCUGCUGUUAGGUAUUAGUAUGAUUGGGACUGCUGAAGCUAUGAAUCUGGGAAUCAGGUUAGGGCUUGACCCAAAACUCUUGGCUAAAAUCCUAAAUAUGAGCUCAGGACGAUGUUGGUCAAGUGAAACUUAUAAUCCUGUACCUGGGGUGAUGGAUGGAGUUCCCUCGGCUAAUAACUAUCAGGGUGGAUUCGGAACAACCCUCAUGGCUAAGGAUCUGGGAUUAGCACAAGACUCUGCUACCAGCACAAAGACCCCAAUCCUUCUGGGCAGUCAAGCCCAUCAGAUCUACAGGAUGAUGUGCGCGAAGGGCUACUCAAAAAAAGACUUCUCGUCUGUGUUCCAGUUUCUGCGAGAGGAGGAGACCUUCUGAGUUUGCCUUCUGGCUGUGGACACUGUUGGAAACCAGACUCUAUCUCGGAGCCCCUUAUAGCUCACUCCACACGUAAAUGGGCUUCAUCAAAGCUCACCUGUCUGCUUCUGAUUGUCUAGGUCGCAAUAAACCCUGGGAUUUUUCACCCACUUUUAACUGCUUAUUCUUUGAAUCUAUUUAGCAAACACAUAUUAUCUGAACUUUUUUUCUGCAAGCCACUGAUGGUCUCUGCUAGCUAACUGAUUGACCUUUUUCAAAAGUUUGAUUCCUGAGCAUCUUCAGCUAAAAUGUUGCCUACUUCAAUCAGGAUAUUGUUUACUCCACUUUACAAAUAAAACCAGUUUUUUUUUUCAACAGGAUAAAACCUAUUCUGGAGGAAAGAAAAGAAAUCGGUGUGAGGAAAGGAGUUAGAGAGAGGGGAAGUUUAGUGACUUACUGCCUGUGCCCCUCAGAAAGUUUGUCCUGUUAGCCCAGUGGUGGUAUUCUUGCAUUCUGAGGUUACUGGUUUAUUUUCCAGGAGUUGAUAAGGCAAGAGAACGCCUUGCUGCAUGUUAUGUAAUUUGGACUCUGUUACGUUAUCUUGGUGUGUCCCUCUUGUAAGAACUCCCAAUACUCAGCAAACUUAUUUUUUAUAUUUUUGCUUCCUUGUACAUUCUUACUACAUAUUUUUUGACUUCAAAAGAAUGAUCUUUAGAACUGUUUCAGAGCCAACAAUGAUCUGUGCUUUAGAUAAUUAUAUUAUCCUAAAUAUAACCAUAUUAUUUUGAAUUGAAAUAAAUUUCUACGCUGAUAAUA